CCAAGCGAGAUCUUUUCAUGCGAUUUAAUAGAUUGAGCUAGCCAUGAAGCUCCCGUGUUUCCAUUUAUGCUCAUCGCUACUCGUGGCUUCCUUAGUCAUCCAACUGAUCACGGCAAUGGCCAGUGGUGGUGGUGGUAGCAGCGGUGCUACGUCGUCGAUGGUGGCCGCGCUGAAGAAAUACAAUGCCAUGUUCACCUUCGGUGAUUCGAUGGAUGAGACCGGCAACAUAUGCGCCGCCAGCAGCAACAAGACGGAGCUUGACGUGCUCACCUGCACCCACCCGCCGUACGGCGAGACCUACUUCGGAAGGCCGGCUUGCCGGUGGUGCGACGGCCGCGUGGUUGUUGACUUCAUCGCACAAGCACUUGGGCUUCCAUUUGUCCCACCAUCGAAAGCAAAAGGCAAAGACUUUCGGCGCGGCGUAAGCAUGGCCAUCACCGGCGGCACGGCCAUGAACUUCUCCUUCUACAAAUCUCUCGGUAUCGAAGAUCCAGUGUGGAACCAUGGCUCACUGGACACGCAGAUCCAAUGGUUCAAGGAGUUGAUGCCCUCCAUAUGCGGGACAGAACAAAGUUGCAAAGUGUACCUGCGAAAAUCGUUGUUCAUGUUCGGUGGAUACGGCGGAAACGAUUACAACGUCCAGCUACUUGAACUUGGCUUGACGCCAUUGCAGGCGAUGAACUACACCCCAAAGAUCGUCACUGCCAUCGCUAAUGGUGUCGAGAAACUGAUUGCUCUUGGCGCUGUCCACGUGGUCGUCCCGGGCAUCUUCCCGACGGGCUGCCUCCCGAUCUUCCUGUCCCUCUUCGGCGACGCCGCCAGCGAGACCGACUUCGACGGCACCGGCUGCCUCAAGCCCUACAACCGCCUGACCGAGUACCACAACUCGCUGCUCCGGAAGCAGGUGGACGCCCUCCGGCGCAAGCACUACAACUCGACGAGGAUCAUGUACGCCGAUUACUACGGCCUCGUGUACCAGAUGAUCCAAGAGCCCGAGAAGUUCGGGUUUAGCAAGCCAUUUGAGGCGUGCUGUGGGGCAGGAGGGGGGAAGUACAACUUCGACGUCACCGCGAGGUGCGGCAUGGAGGGGGCGACCACCACGUGCUGCGACCCGUCGACGCGGAUGAGCUGGGACGGCAUCCACCCGACGGAGGAGGUGAACAAGGUGAUCGCCGGCGCAUUGCUCAGGGGACCCUAUUGCACCCCUCCGAUCCUAGGCUGAAGCCGCCGAAGCUUAUGUGUCGUCGCAUGGAAAUGGAGUCAGACACAAAAAACUUGUGAUCAAGCUGAGAAUAAAGAGAUACGCGCGCUGUUAGCGCAGUGGAAUCUCGUUCGUGUCUUGGUCUCGGUCGAAUGAGGAUAAUACUCACUCAGUUCAUAUAAAUUUGUUCACGGUCCCCCGUGCUAAAAAAAUUGUUCAUAAGCAUUA